AGAAAAAAACUCAGACAUUGAACGUUUCGGCUUUUACGAAAAAUGCAAUUAUUACUUAGAAUUUUGUGACAUUUUCGCGCUAAAUUUAUCAAUUUACAAAUACAAGUAUUAUUAUUCGAGGUCUGCAAUUAUUUCCAUUUGAAUUAGUGGAUGGACCGGCAUUAUUGAAAAUAAAAAAAAAUUGUAUUAUCGUUGUAUGUAGUGCAUUUUGAUUGUUAGUUGUUGAACCAAUUGAACAGACGGUAUAUGACGAACUGAGAAAUUCCAUUCGGUCUAUUUGAUCCUGGAUUUGGCUAAGCGAACACGUUUCUUUUUAAAUUUAUUGUGGCCGUCCUCCGGAAAAUAUUUAUAUUUUUACUUAGGAAUCAUUUAUUAUAUUCAAUUUCGCUUAAAGUAAUUUCUUUUAAUAAUCACGAAAGUCGUGGUAUCAUUAGUGUGUAGUGAAAGUGGCAUUUUUUUUUUACAAAAUUCGCAGUUCCAAUAAAAUUGAUCACACAAAAUGGCAGCUUCACGUUUGGUUCCUGAUAUGGAUAUGCGUUUCAAUUCAAUUCGUAGAGUCAGUGAAAGCCUAAGUGAGGCAUCGUCAAACGCUACUGAAUUAAGUGAACAUGAUAUAAGGGCCCGAUUAGGUAUAGCUGAUUCAUCUAAUAUAUAUGUUGAAAAGCUCAAGGUUGAUCGAAAGAAAUUGGAAGAAAUGAUUCAAAGUGAAAAGGCGAUUCCGUUUUUCGAAUCGCUGAUGAGCGAUACGACGACCCAUAUAUAUUGGCCAAGUCAUUUGAAAAUUGAUGCUAAAUCCAAGAAAGACGUACAUGUUAAGAUUCUGGGUAAACAAGAAGAUACUGCAAUUGCUAAGGAACGAGUACUUGAAAAAUUAGACGUCCGGGGCUCACGAGUUACUAUGAAAAUGGAUAUUUCGUAUAACGACCAUUCAAGUAUAAUUGGAACUGGCGGUAAUAAUAUAAAAAAAAUUAUGGACGAAACAAGCACCCACAUACACUUUCCCGAUUCGAAUAAAGAAAGUAAAGAAAGUAAAGAUUUAGCUAGACGAACAAAUAUGCCUUAUAACCAAAAUCCGUAUUCGUAUAUAGAGGGUAAUAAUAUCAAUAAGUCAUUCCCACCAAAGAGUAACCAAGUAUCAUUGAAUGGUACUCUGGAGGGUGUCGAAAGAGCUCGAGCUGCUGUUCGUCUAACGUCCCCGUUGUCUAUUUCUUUUGAAACGCCGGUGUCUGAAAAUCAGAGACCAACACAUGCAACUGAAACUUAUAUUGAGAGAGUCAAAGAGAAAUUUGACGUUAAGGUGGUGUCGAAGCAGACAAGGCAAAGAUUACAUAGUACAACGGUUAUGGUGAAAGGGACGGAAAAGGAUGCGUGGUAUACUAAACAAGCGACUAAACUACUUAUCAAUUGUAUGUGCGAAACUUUUGCGAACCAAACCAAAGUCUGCUUACAAAUGGAAAUUUCUAUUCAACACCACGACAGUAUUAAAGGACCCAAUGGGAGUAAUCUGCGACAAAUUAUGGAGGAAACUAGUACCACGAUAAUAUUUCCUGAUUGUCGCGACGGUAAUACGCCCCAAUCGAAAAAAUCUCAUGUGACAAUAAAGGGUUGCAUUGAUGGGGUAUAUUUAGCCAGACAACAGCUUAUUGGUAACUUGCUGGUUACGUUGAGUUUCGACUAUUCAGACUCGCUCAACAAGGAAGCGAUUGAGGCUCUCAAUGUCAAGUACGGCGUCUUGAUCUCUUGUCGUGAUAAAAGUAAGAAUACCAGCAAAAGCAUUGUGAUCAGGGGAAAAGAGAAGUUCAUUGACAAAAUCUACGAAGCAAGACAUGAGUUGUUGAAGUUAACGACCCCACUGAUUAAGGCCUCAAUUCCACCAACUUACUUCUCCAAACUGGACAUCAGUGAUGAGUUUGCGUUCCGUCAAACGCUCGCACUAAUGCCGAAUCGCUCCGAAAGCCCACUGAUCCAACAUCACAUGGGACAACCACCGAAUUUCGUACCACAAUUCGAUGCCUUAUCACCAACCAUAUCCAGGAUGUCUAAUUUGUCCAUCGGUCGUCAACGGGUGCCACAUAACAAUUACAAUGGCAAUUUUCUGUCGCCUCAUCCGAACAUGUCGCCACGGAAUCCAUCGCCGUUAACGAGUGGAUAUGGCAGUGGUCACAAUAGUUUCAAUAGCAGCGGUAAUAGCUUGGACGCUCAGAUGAGUCUAUUUCAACAGCCGCAGAGUAAUCCAUUUAUCGAUUCUCGUUUGCCGGAGGCUGUUGCCUCGUAUGACGAUGAAAAAACACCGACGUUGUUGGAUGUCAAGAACUCAUUCAAUUUCGAGCAACGAAGUAAGGCCUACUUCGCCAUGAAGCGAUCCCUCGACGGCGAAGAGAUCCGAACACCGACGUCACAAUGGUCUGGCCUGGGCCUGAGCAAAACGUCACCAUUUUCGCUCGAAACCGUACGCAAAUCGAAUGACUGGGAUCAUAACGAGGCGCCAGCUGCAUCCGUUUCGUCUCCGUUCGGUCUGGGCAAGACCACCGGCAUCGUUGACGCAUCAUCAACGAAUCUACUGUCCGCCGGACCACCCAAAGAUAUGAACACGAUGCUAAUCAGUCUGGGCUUGGAGCAUUACAUCGAUACGUUCCACAUUCAUGAAAUUGAUCUCGAUAUAUUUGCGACAUUGACACCGGAAAAUCUAACCACGCUGGGUAUCCAGGCAUUCGGUGCACGAAAGAAAUUACUGAUGGCUAUCAAUCAAUUGAAUGCAUCCAAAUUGAAUGUGAAUCGUUCGACAAGAUUUUCCGGAUCGGCUGCGCCAGGCGCUGAACGUCGCAUAUCGGGAGAUUGGUAAACAUGUUAAGCCGAAUAAAGUCAACCAAAUUAUCUCAAAGAGAAAAACGUAUGUGAUAAGGAAAUUGAUGGGAUUGAAAAAAUUUUGUAAAUUAUUUUUUUUUUGAUAAAAAACAAUCCCGCAUCAAUUGAGAUAACCCUGAUAUACACACACACACACACACACUAACGCAGUGGAUGCAAGAUAAUGUUUCUUCCGUCAAUAUCCACAAGAGACCACACACAUUUAUAACGUCGGCAAAUUAUAAUUUUUUUUUCUUAUUUGUAAUUAUUUGUAGUUAUUAAGAAUGGUGUUUUGUUACCCGUUACAAUCAAAUUACGAGAAUCAUUUUUUUUAGUUUUGAUUAAUUACUCGUUAAUUAAGCAUCAUUGAACAAUCAAUUUUUUGUUGUUGUUGGAACCGAGCAAUUUAUACGUUUAUUGUUAAUCCACACACAUUUUUUUGGUAACACAAAAUCAGUUCAUUCAACAUCAACAUCAAAACAUUCCACAAUGACCACAAAAGCGAGAGACGGUUCAAAAAUUAGUUUUGGUUCAAUUGAUGUUUCAGAAAAUAUUUUUUUCUGUCUAAAGCA